UUUUUGAUGUAUCAUAACGUUAUGCUUUUCAGUUUUAUUUAUUUAUUUAUCGACUCCUUACUUGCUUAUUAUAUUCCCAGAUUUAUUCACUGCCAUUUACCAAGAUUUUCAUGCAAACAUGGAAUGUUUCCAAGACUGUAUGUGAUGCCCUGGAAGCAAGAUAUGAAGUACCGAGCAUUACAUUUGCAGCACGCUGACCAAGUUGAACUAUAUAGUGGACCCCGUGAAGACACCCUAUUUCUGGAAAAAAGUGAGAGACAUUGCCAUGGGGAGGACCGAAAGAAAGUUAUGGAGAAAGUUCCACAUGAAGACAUUAUUGUGGAUAUUCCCAUUUAUUCUCACCUCUCCAGAUACCACAAAUCCAUGGUGGCUUAUGGCUUCAGGGUCAAACUCUGAGAUUCUUAUCUUCCAUUGGGAUUUCAUCAGCUGUACAUAAACAAUGUUACAAGAAAAAAAAAGCAUGUGUUUGCUUGGUCUUUUUCCUAAUUAAGAUAAUUCCGUGAAAUAUAUUUUUUUAAACUAGGAAAGUCAGAUUUGAUCAGCUAGGAAUAAUUUACAUGUCCUUUCAGAUACAGUAUUUGCAUAUUUUUGUUCUUCUUUUAACGUUAAGGAUCUGCAUUAGACUGGACUCUAUAAUUCUUAUAUUAUUUAUCAAUGUAUUUUCUUCUUUGACUUAUUUUUGUCUUUCCGAUUUUAAUGCUUUAAAUUCUUUAAGCUAUUAUCUAUUAAUCAAUUAUGGGGAAAAUAGAAGUGUUGGUUAUAAUGUAAGAUUCUUUUUGUUAUAGGAAAAAUGUUCCUGAAUUAUAUCAGAGGUAUAGCAUUGAAAAGUACAUAGGAAAUGUAACCUUUACUGCCUGUUUAAAGUUAACAAUUGCCUGGGGAAUCCUUUUUUUGGUGCUAGAGAAGGGCUUCAUUCGAAAGUGAAUUUUGAUUUCAAAGGAAGGAUUUAUGUAAGGGGAGAAAAUUAGAGUAGGCAUGAAAUGUAAUUGUUGUUAUGAAGAAUAUCAUGAUGUGUCUCAUAUGCAAGUCCCCAGUCACAAUAUGAUUUAAUUUAAUUUAGUUCAUUUUACACCAGAAGUAGGAUUGUGGUUUCAUUAGUAGGUCCCACUGACCCUUCUAUUUUUCUCAAUGAAAUAUUCAGGAGGGUUUUUUCCAUUGCAAAUGGCUCACAUUCUCUAACUAAAACUGAACAUGAUUCCUUUCAAGCAACGUUCUCAGAGUCUCUUUUAGAAGAAAAGGGUGGAUUUAUAAAAAUUCUGACUGGGCUAAUUGCCAUUUAGAACUAAUACACUCCCAUGUACAUUAAGGGGAUGCAGGGGUGAAAUGCUACCAGUUCGCACUGGUUCAGGCGAACCGGUAAUAAUAAAAGUCACCAGUUCGGGAGAACCAGUAGUAAAAAAAAUGCUACUGGUUUGGCCAAACCAGUAUUUCCGACAAUCAGCUAUGCCGUGCAAUUUAUAUUCAUUAGAAAGCAGGAAAUCCUGCUUUCUAGCAAAUCUAAAUUGCGUGGCACAGCUGUUCUCCCCCCCUCGCUGUUCUCUCUUAAGCCUCCUUUUUUUGCGCUGCGUGGUAGUACCUGCAGUGCGCAUGCACGUGAAGCGCACAUUUGGCAUGCAUUGCAUGUGUGCACAUGCAGAGUGCGUUUAGCGUCCACCGUGCAUGUGCACACAGCAAACCGGUGGCAAACCUCAGAGGAUUUCACCACUGAGGGGAUGGAUUUUUUAAAAAAAACUUUAAAAAAAUUCUUCCUCUGACCUGGAGAGGAGGAGGCAAGACUUUUCACUGAUAAAUAGAGAAACUCGCGGCUGCAUCUUUACAUGAUAGUCCCUUACAUCUCUCAAGCAUCUCUAGUAACCUCACAUUUGCUUCAAAAAUAGAAGGAGCUUCCUUUACAGAGUCACUUAAUAAGCAAAUUAUCCUUCUACAGGAGGGAUUUUCAGGUUAAAUGUUUUAUCCUAGAUAAAGAAGUCUAAUCAAGUGCUAUAUUUUAUAUUGUUAAAUUUGCACUGGAAAGUUUGUGCUGAGAUGUUUGUUGAAAAAAAAACACAUCUCAGCACAAACUUUCCAGUGCAAAUUUAGUUGACUGGAAUAUGUUUUAUGCAUUAUUUUGAUAGAUUUGUUGUUUUACAGUAAAUUAGGUCUGGAGUAAAUUUCAGUCCUCUUUUUUUUUUUCCUUACAAACUAGCUGCAGCCCAUGCCACAUUUAAAUGGAUGAUACAAUCAAAGUCUUUUUUUUCAGCAAAGAUGUAACUUCAUGUAGGAAAGACCCUGAGAUAAUGGGCAAAGAUAUGCUGCCAAUGGAACAGAUGAGAGACAGCACAGUCUGCAAUUAAAUAGUGGGAGACACAAGAGGCUGGAAGAGACCCUCCCUACCUUCUCAAGCUGCAAAGGAGAUUGGAGGGGGGCAGGGGUGAAAUCUAAAAAUUUUCCCUACCGGUUCUGUGGACGUGGCUUAAUUGGUGGGCAUGGCUUGGUGGUCAGAUUACCGGGUGGGCAUGGCCAAUAACAAAUAAUAAAAAUAAUACACAAAAUACACAAAACAAUAAGAGGUACUAAAAACCAACUUUCACACUUUACACACACACAACACAAUACAACACAACACAACUGACUCACAUACAAUGCAAAAGCAGCUGCACCUCACCCAAAAUGGCCCCUGCAACAAGCAGGAACGUCACACAGCCACAAAAAGCCCAAAAACCAACUUUCACACUUUACACACACACAACGCAACAGAACAGAACUGACUCACACACACACACACACAAAAUGCCAUAUAUAGCUUUGUGAGAUUUUGUAUGUUUGUGUAGUUAGAGUGAAACACUACAGAAACACACCAAAUCUCAAAAAGCUGCACAAAUAUUUUAUUUUAUUAUUAUUAUAUUUUAUUUAUAUUUUUAGAUAAAAGCAGCUAAAUUUAAAACUUCCGUAACUUUAAAACUUCCUUAACUUUAAAUUGCUAUGUCUAAAAAAAAAAAAACUCCUUAAAAAAACCCCAAUUAACUAUUUUUUUAAAGCUCCCCCCUCAUUACUUAUACAAUUCAAGGAAACAGGCAGGCAGAUUGAGUUGCUCACUGACGAGAUGGAUUGCAGGCAGGCAGAUUCAGUUGCUAGCUGAUGCAAUUGAUUGCAGCAGCUGAAGCAAGGCCAGAAUAGCGAGCGAGACCAAAAAAAGCAGGAAGCUGCCAAGUAGGCAAGUGGGGACCGAGCAAUUGGGUGGACAUGGGCAGGGGGGAGGGCAGCGAUUUUUGCUACUGGUUCUCCAAACUACCCGCCCCCAUCACUACUGUAUCGCACGAGAGCAUUUCACCCCUGGAAGUGGGGGGGGGGCAAGAAUUGUACUUUGAGACUUGCAAAAUUGAUAUUGGCUUUGCUACAUAAACUAGAUAGGAAUCACCACCGGAUAAACUAAAUCUACUUUAUUGUAAAGCUACACUGACAAAACUUUGUUCUACAAUUGCCCUACUCCUAUUGCCAUCUUGAGCACACACAUCUAUACUGUGCUUGUAUAUUCACUGACAUUCAAGCAUCUAUAUUUUACUACAUAUUUUACAUUAAUACUUCAUACAGCCAGUAUAUAAGGUUACAUCAAAAUCUACAAAAUAGUGGACACAACUAGUGUGGCCCAAGCUCCACCUCUUUUGUACAUGUGUUGGCAUCACAGGCACAUACAAAAGAGGCCAGGCUGGGAUCACAAUGCCAUACCUGCUGUCUUUCAGAUUUUGAUCUAUAGCCAUAAUUGCAGACUGUGCUUUACACGGCUAGAUGCCCACUUCUAAGGCAUGAAGGUAUUGACCAUUAAUCUUUACAUUCUGUCAAUAAUUAUCAAAGAGAAAAUAUUUUCAAAAUAAAAUAUAAAAAUCUGAAAGUGUUAUUAACAAACAUGAAUAUUUUUGUUUUUCAACCUACAUGUUCAACAUGGUUUCUAUAAGAAAUAAAGGUAGACAAGCAAUCACAUUUUAAACUUUGACUUCUUAUCUAUGUAAACAAGCUGUAAUUAAAUUCACUAUUAAUCAGCACACUUUAAAGGCUAUACAUUUCUGAGAAGGAUUUAAAACAUUGGCACUUAUUCUGUGGCUCAUUAAGAUGCAUCCUUUCUUAAUUAAAAUACAAUAUUAAUUUUAUGAAAUGUGAUUGUCAUAUCCUUGCAUAUAUCAUUUGCUUCAUUUGAAUUCUAUGCAUAUUUAUAAGGCAUGCAAUCUAAACGAUUUUAAAGGCCAACUUAAUAAAUUGCAAAACAGUAUUUCUCAAUGGAUUCCAAAUGAAAAAUACAUGAGCAACACAAUGGGGAAAAGUAUAGCAAUGUUCCCUGCCUGUUUGGGAAACAUAAAUCUUUUUAGCAAUUAAACUUUUGGAGCGUGCCAUGCCUGGCCACAUAGGUAUCUUGAAAAGUACUACUUGGUUUGGAUCAAAAACUCAUUAAGGUUUAUCACUGCUAUAAAAUAACAUGUAAGACCUUAAGUUUCACUGAGAUAGUAAUAUUUGGUGGUUUAGAAGACUGUCCCUCGCUGUCGAAAUAAGUGCAUACAUGCUUACUUCAGUUCACUUCGUUUCACUGGUGGUCCCUGUGGAAUGUUGUUUGUGUCUUCGCAAUCACAUGCUAACAACCAGAGACAGCUUUCAAAGAAAUUGUGAAGACUGGGAGAGAAAUGGCUGCUUUUGUGCUUCAAAGAGGGCUAUUUCACUUAGGCUUGUUUUGAAAAAUGCUCCUUUAAAAUAUUUUGUCAAAACUCUAGUUCUUUGCUCAGCUGCAAACACAUAUAUACAGAGAUAGUAUAGUAUAGAAUAUAGAAUAACAGAGUUGGAAGGAACCUUGGAGAUCUAGUCCAACCCCCUGCUUAGGCAGGAAACCCUACACCACUUCAGACAAAUGGUUAUCCAACAUCUUCUUAAAAAUUUCCAGUGUUGGAGCAUUCACAACUUCUGGAGGCAAGUUGUUCCACUGAUUUGUUCUAACUGUCAAGAAAUUUCUCCUUAGUUCUAAGCUGAUUCUCUCCUUGAUUAGUUUCCACCCAUUGUUUCUUGUUCUACUCUCAGGUGCUUUGGAGAAUAGUUUGACUCCCUCUUCUUGUGCCAACCCCUGAUAUAUUGGAACAUUGCUAUCAUGUCUCCCCUAGUCCUUCUUUUCAUUAAGCUAGACAUACCCAGUUCUGCAACUGUUCUUCAUAUGUAUUAGGCUCCAGUCCCCUAAUCAUCUUUGUUGCUCUUCUCUGCAUUAAAAAGGAUUUAAUACUGAAAUUUAAAAAAAAAUACCUAUUUCCUCCACGUGUGCUAGCAAUCAAAUAUUUACUUUUCCAACUGCCUAAUUCAUUUUCUGAUAAAGACAAAAUUAAAUUAUUAUGCUAGGCAAGGCUUUUUCAUACUGAAUCCUCUUAGAGUUUAGGAUCAGAUCCCAGGAAUAUUGUUAAUACUAAUUAAGUAAUAAAUGGGUGGAAUAAUGAUAGCUCAGGUAACUCUUGUAUUUAUACUCUCCAGAUCACAAGAACAGACUACUGUAAUGUGCUAUGUACGAUCUUUGAAGAAGACUUGGAAACUGCAAUUGGUGCUGCAUGCUACUACCUGCAUGCUGGCAAGUCAGAUCUAUUGCAUUGCAUCAGUUUUCAAUAAGAUUCAGAAUAUAGUUAAAAGUGUUUUUUUUAAUCUUUGAAAUUCUACAUCGCAUGACUUGUGGAUACUUAAAUGGUUGGCUUUUAUUGUGGUCCGUCAGCAGCCUAUGGAGCUGGCAACGGAGUCGGACAGUGAUGAGGCUGAGUUGAGGCCAGGGCCAUCGGGAAGUGAGGUGCGGACUUCAGAGCCUCCAGAGACUGAUAAUAGUGAGGAAGAGGAACUGGAGGAGCCUGUUCCUAAUGCAUGCAUGAGAAGUGCUGCCAAAAGGCAAGAAAAACUCAAGCAGAGAGGACAACUUGGGAGUAGGGCCAAGAGAUUAUUGGCCCCUCCCAUAAGGCUUAAAACAGACCAGCAACGGCGUUUGGGCUCUUUGCCAGAAAACAACGUUGUAGCUGCAUCUUCUGCUUUGUCUUCUGCUUCGUCUACAUCUUUGUUUUUGUGGCUUCUGGAUGUUUGCCAGGAAGGGCCUUUGGCAGUUUGCCUAAUUGGACUAAGGUUUGUAACAUAACUGAAGAAUUUGUGUUUGAGAGGCAUUUGUUUUACUUUGAGUUGAAUGACACUGAGAAUGAAGUAAUUCCCAGCUGUUCGAAUAAAGUUUAUUUUUCCACGGACUGAGUUUGUUGCUAUCUACUGGGUCACAACAGCUUUUCUAGGCACAACCAAUCCAUCUGCUACGCAUUUUCCUCCUGGAGAUUUUAAACAACUCAAUACAUCCUAGAGAUGUUUAGAGCAAGCCAAAAAUCCAAUCUUG